AUGAGGACCGUAGGCUCUCAUCUUCUAGAAGAUAAAAUGGAUGACGCCGUCACGCAUUACAUCAAUUCGCACCAGACUGAGCCUGUACAUGUAGAUGCGAGUUCCCUAGCACUGAAUGUACAAGACGAUAAUAGUGGAAGAGUCGUAACAGUAAUGCAGCCGCUUAGUUUCUCUACGACACAGAUGUGCAGGCAAGUGUCCACAAAUGAUCAAGUCAGUGAAGGACAAUGGAAUGAGGAGCUGCUCGACCCUGAAGGAAGGCUUGCUGCAAUAGUAGCACACCUGUCCCAACAUUCGCGUAUAUCACAUCACCCGUCACAUCACAAGGUGCCUGCAGUUAGGAACGAUGUAGACACAUCAGUUAUUUUAGACACACCGUUGAGACUGUACAAUGGCGGGCAACCUUUGGACCAUCCAUCGGAACCAAUUGUGGUACAAGUCUCUCAACCACUGCCACCACUGCAAGACAUGAAGCGGUGCCAGGAGACAGAUUGGUUUACGAAUAAGACUAAAGCUCCGUUAAAGGACGAUGAUCAACUGUUAACUGAGCAAGAUGGCUCGGUGUUGGAUAUUGCUGCCAGUGCCUCCCCAGUACAGAAUAAGCAGCACAGUAAAAAGAGUCUGCCCCACAAGAAGAGGAUAUCAAGAAAACUAAAGAAAAACACUGGCAGUAGCACACCGCAACAAGACAUAGUGGUGAUCCAUUGCAAUGCUGAGGUACCCAAUGAGCAGAUCCUUCCGGACAACUUUGUGAAUAGCGUUCCCCAUACGGAACACCUUUCUAGCGACACACAUCACAUCACACACGAAGUGCGUCCAAUAUUACUAUGCCAACUAUGUGGGGAAUUCUACGGGGAGGAGCAGCUGAAGUUCUUCCAGCAUCUAAAACAGCACUACGAACCACACGGGACCAUUAUCAUUGAGAAUCCUGUGCCUGAUUUAGGCAUUGACAAGAUGACCAACACCUGUAUAGUGGACAACGUGGCAACUCUGCCGGACUCGCUGGUAGAGUUGUCUUUGGAGAGCACAGUGCCAAAGUCGAUGUACCAGCCGAUGGACAAACACAUCCUGUACACGUCGAGCGAGAAGACGCUCACGUGCCACAGCAAUAAGGUGCAAUAUACAAUGGCCGGGGAGAAGGAGAUGCCACAGGACAACGGCAAGGGUGACUUGUACGAGACGCUGGAGAAGCUGGAGUUGUACAACUGUCCGAAGUGCGAUAGGGCCUUCAGGAAGCAGAAACAGUGCGAAGCCCAUGUCAAGGAGGUCCACUCCAAUCUAAAGCUGGAGGACAUGGGGGAGUUCAGCGAGCCCGAGGACCUGAUGGAGGGCAUCCACGUGGCUGUCGAGGAUGGGGAGUCAUACGACCCUGCGAUGCUGCCCCACCUCAUCGUGGAGAACGGACAGGUUCACCAGGACCACGUCAGGCAUUGGUACCUGCGCAAUGGCAAUGCGGUGCUGUGCGGCUGCGGCGCGCCCGACUACUGCGCCGUGUGCGCCUCUGCCGAGCCCGCGCCCGCCCCCCACCCCGGCCCCGUCCCCGUCUCCGCGCCCAUCUCCGUGGCCGCCCCCCUCCCGCUCCCCGCCCCCGCCGCCGUGCCCGUGCCCGCGCCCGCCUCCGUGCCCGCCCCCGCUCCGGCGCCCGCCCCGCUGCCGCCCGUGUCCGCGCCCGCAUCCUUACCGCAACACGCCGCCCACUCGCCGCUACAUCUCAAAGAGGAGGUGCUGCAGAGGAUACUCGAGGGCGACGGUGGGGGCGAGGGCGAGGGCGGGGGCGGCGGCGGGGGCGCGGGCGGGGGCAAGAAGAAGCCGCCGAAGCGGUUCGAGUGCCCGCUGUGCGCGCGCGUGUUCCAGCACCGCAACAGCCUGCUGUACCACAUGCUGAUGCACGGCGAGAAGCAGCACCCGUGCAAGGAGUGCGGCAAGGGCUUCUACACGGCGGCGGCGCUCAAGAUCCACCGGCGCGUGCACAGCGGCGACAGGCCGUGCGCGUGCGACCAGUGCGGCCGCUCCUUCCGCCAGUGGAGCGACCUCAAGUACCACAAGGCCUCCAUCCACUCGGACCAGAAGAACUUCAAAUGCGAGUUCUGCAACAAGGAGUUCGCGCGCAGAUACUCGCUGAACAUCCACCGGCGCAUCCACACCGGCGAACGGAACUACAAGUGCGACUAUUGCUCCAAGUCCUUCCGCGCCUCCUCCUACCGCCUCAGCCACAUGCGCACGCACACGGGCAGCAAACCUUACAAGUGUCCGCAGUGCGAAAAGUGUUUCCGGGUCGCGUACGACCUGCGCCGGCACAUGCUCGUCCACGAGAAGGUGCGGGUCAGGUUGGAAGACGCCAAGCCGAAGGCCAAAGAGGCAAAGGAGAAGAAGAGCCAGCCGAAGGCGGCGGAGAGCAAGGCCCAGGAAGAGACCAGGCCCGGCAAGAAGGCUGCCACCGGACGGCUGCCGAUCCUGCGCAGCAUCCUAGACAAGAAGCAGCCGCAGAAGUCGCGGAAGCCCCCCGUGCGGAGGGGCGCCCCCAACGUGACAGUGGCGCCCCCCAGGGAGGGGCAGCAGUUCAAGGACGAUGACGAGUACGCGUUCGACACGCGGCAAACGGACUACGAGAAGUACACGGAGGUGUGUAAGGAGGGCGAGAGGGAGCUGGGCGUGCUGAGGCCGAUGGCGCGCGCGGCCUGGCCCCCCGACGACGAUCGGAGGGACGCCCCCCACUCCGCCCCCCACCCCGCACCCCACGCCCCCCAUUCCGCGCACGUCCCCCACUCCGCCGACCCCAACGACUCCGGAUUCCUAGAGCGCCUCAGCGCCUUAUACAACAUAACGGCCGUG